GUUUAGCGCCCCGGAGAGAGUUAUAUCACGGCGAAGGGAAAAGAGACGUAACUUUGGCCGGAGGAAAAAUGUUCGCCGUAACAAGAAACGCCACUCGCCUCUGCCAGGCUGCAAGUCGUCGCUUCCAGUCGACGCUGGUGGUUGCCGAGCAUGAUAACAACGCCCUUACACCCAUAACCCUCAGUGCCAUCACAGCAGCUAAGAAGCUAGGCAGUGAUGUGUCCUGCCUCGUUGCCGGCCACAACUGCUCGAAGGUGGUUGAAGAGCUAACCAAAGCCAGCGGCGUUACCAAGAUUCUCGUUGCCGAUUCCGAUGCUUUUGUAGGUUUCCUUCCUGAACGUCUGGCCCCUCUUGUGCUUGCUUCCCAGAGUCAGUUCAACUACACACAUAUUGUCGCUGGAGCCUCAGCCCUUGGAAAGUCGCUGUUGCCACGCGUUGCAGCCAAGCUAGAUGUAUCUCCCAUAAGUGACAUCAUUGAAAUCAAGGCUCCUGAUACAUUUGUCCGCUCAAUUUACGCUGGUAAUGCACUCAUGACCCUCAAGAGCAAGGAUGCUGUCAAGGUAAUCACAGUACGUGGAACAAGCUUCGAGCCAGCAGAGCUUAGUGGUGGAAGUGCAGGAAGUGAAGCUUUUCCUGUCUCUGAUCUGCCUAUUGAUAUGUCCCAGUUCAUUGGCCAGGAACUGUCGAAGUCUGACCGUCCAGAGCUGACUGCUGCCAAGACUGUCGUUAGUGGAGGCCGUGGCAUGAAGAGCGGAGAUAACUUUGAGAUGCUGUACAAACUGGCAGACAAGCUCAAUGCUGCUGUAGGUGCCUCUAGAGCUGCUGUUGAUGCUGGGUUUGUCCCCAAUGACAUGCAGGUGGGUCAGACUGGAAAGAUUGUGGCUCCAGAGCUGUACAUUGCUGUGGGAAUCAGCGGGGCCAUUCAGCACCUGGCUGGCAUGAAGGACUCAAAGACCAUUGUGGCCAUCAACAAGGAUCCUGAGGCUCCCAUCUUCCAGGUUGCUGACCUGGGCCUGGUGGCUGACCUGUUCAAGGCUGUUCCUGAGAUGAUUGAGAAAGUUUAAGGCAUUAAGCACAGGGUUUGGAAUAUAUACCCUUAAAGUUUGGAACUUGGUUUAGAUAUCAUGUUCUGUGCUCUACUCUGUCUGAAGAUGCUGUUAUUUCAUUUUAUUUUUUUGUAACUUCUUAUAAUUGGUAUGUUGCAACAUAUGUAUCGGGUAACUAUGUGCGUGCAGAUGCUCUUAAUCUGGCAAAUGUGUAAAUAUUUUGAUUAUAUGGGAAGUCUUCAAUAUUUUUUGUAGUUACAUGAAGAAGGUCUUGUGGAAUUCCACAGGUAUAAUAUAUAUAUAUUAUUAUGGCUUACAUCAGCCACUUUAUCAAUGCAAUUCUUUU